UUUAAUAAAUUUCGAUUAAAAUAUAUUUAAUUCUCAAAAAAUUCAUUGUUCUCGGAUUAUAAUGUAACACAAUACAUUUAAUAAUUGGCAUUUUAUAUCAAAUAGUUGUAUAUAAUAGCAAUUAAUGCAUUACGUUUCCAUACAUUAAAAAACAAUACACGUAUUUGUAUAUCUGUAUACAAAUAUAUUCAAAGGAAAAGCGAAAAUAUAUAUACAUACACAUGUAUAACAUACAUGUAUGUAUAUACAGUUAGUAACUAGACAUCGUCAUCACACAAAUCAGGUGGAUUUGACAUUUCCAGGAUUUUAAAUUAUAUUAUUGUUUUACUGUUUAAAAUUCAAAAUGUUAUUUUAAAAUUCAAUAAUGCUUGUGCUAAUGUGUUGUUUAUCUGAAUCCUACAAAUUAACAAAAACAAUACGGAUAAAUAGUGUAAAUUCAUCUGUGAAUGGUGAUAUCCAGAAUUUUAUUGAAGAAGUUUAGUUAUUGCGUAUUAUUUGAUCUAGUGGACAAAUUUUUUAGCCUACACAAAAGCAUUUUAUAGAAUUGGGAGAAUAGUUAAUACUUUAUAUGAAUAAUUUAAAAAAUAAUUGGGUCAUAUUACAGUAAAAAACAACGGCUGAUAUAAUAUGGCUGCCAAUUUAGAAGAAGAGCAAAGUUUACGAGAGUGUGAAGAAUAUGUACAGAGACACAACAUACAGCAAGUUUUAAAAGACUGCAUUGUUCAAUUAUGUGUUGGAAGACCUCAAAAUCCAAUAUCAUUUUUACGGGAAUAUUUCCAAAAAUUAGAAAGGGAACAGGCGCACGAUGCAAAACAACAAAUUGCUACAAGUCCCGAGGACAUUGAAGAUCUUCCAGCAGGUCAACAAGGUCCUCAAGUGCCAAGACGCCGAGGUGGUAUUUCUGCUGAACCAGUAUCUGAAGAAGAUGCUACCAGUUAUGUCAAAAAAGUUGUUCCCAAAGAUUACAAAACUAUGGCUGCAUUGAGCAAAGCUAUUGCCAAGAAUGUUCUUUUUGCACAUCUUGAUGAAAAUGAACGAUCUGAUAUAUUUGAUGCAAUGUUUCCUGUUACAUUUCUUCCUGGUGAACCAAUUAUUCGUCAAGGAGAUGAGGGUGAUAACUUUUAUGUUAUUGAUCAAGGAGAAGUAGAAAUAUUCGUAAAUGGUGAGUUAGUUACAACGAUUGGGGAAGGUGGCAGUUUUGGUGAGUUAGCAUUAAUUUAUGGAACUCCACGAGCUGCAACUGUCAGAGCUAAAACUGAUGUUAAACUUUGGGGGAUUGAUCGAGACUCUUAUCGACGAAUCCUUAUGGGAUCAACUAUUAGAAAAAGAAAAAUGUAUGAAGAAUUUUUAUCCAGAGUAUCUAUUUUAGAAUCACUGGACAAAUGGGAACGGCUCACUGUAGCUGAUGCCCUUGAACCUGUUGUGUUCGAGGAUGGAGAAACGAUUGUACGACAAGGAGAACCUGGAGAAGAUUUUUAUAUUAUAGUUGAAGGUACUGCAGUGGUUCUUCAACAACGUAGUGAAGGAGAAGAACCAACGGAAGUUGGGAGACUUGGACCAUCCGAUUAUUUUGGAGAAAUAGCUUUAUUACUAGAUAGGCCAAGAGCAGCAACUGUGGUGGCUCGUGGACCUCUAAAAUGUGUAAAACUAGAUAGAGCACGCUUUGAGCGGGUCUUGGGGCUAUGUGCUGAUAUUCUUAAACGAAAUAUAACUCAAUACAACAGUUUUGUGUCACUUUCUGUGUGAAUCACUAUAAAAAUGGAUAUCGACAUUAAUUAUAACAUUAUCAAAGCAAACUUUUUUCGCUCAUUGUUAUAAUUUCUUAUUUUAUUAAUAUUUUCAUCAUCAGUCUAUUGUACCACUAAUGAUCUGAAAAUGAUCUAACGUUAGAUGUUCAAUAAUAAAUAAAAUUAUACGACGAA